AAUAAUGAUAAUAAUGGUAAUAAAAAGAAUCCAAAAACUCUAUUGUCUGAAUCAUUGUGAUUGAAAGAGUGCUGUUUUUUUUGAAGUAUCACUGUAUCAGUAAUUCAGCAUCUCUCUUUCCCUCUCUAUCUCUAUCAACUCCUUCAGCACUUAAAUCAGAUUCCAAAAGCAAACUUUUCCUUUUAAGGCCUAUGCAAAUAGUAUAGUUAAAAAAAGAAAAGGGAAGUCCUUUUACUUCAAAACUUUUACGAGCGAGAAAAAGAAACUGUCUUUCUGCACUAUCAACUCUUCUUGCGCUUUGGGUCCAAAGAUCCAGUACCCAUUUGCUGUUGGAUUGUUAGUUUCUGAGCCGUCUCAUUUGGGGAGGAAAUUCAAGCAUUUUGGGAUUGAAUCUCCCUGUUCUUCCUGGGUAUGUAUUGGGUUUUGUUUCUGUUUGUGUUUAUGUAACUUUUUGUUACUUCUUAGUUAGUAUUGUUUCCAGGAGUUCAUGGUAGAUCAAUUGCUUGUUUAGCUACAUUUCUUUUUGUUUCUGCUGGUUUAGUAUUUUUUUAAGAUUGAGAGAGGGAGUAUCAUUUUUGAACCCAAGGUUUGGAUUGUGUUUUUUUGAGGGCUUAGUCUGGUUUCUAUAAAAUGCUCUGGAUAUCAAGGAAAAGUUUAAUUUGAGUAAUCUCGUGUUAUUAUAUUUUGAGUUGGCUCGGAUUGAUUUCUUGAUCUGUAGAUAUGGUGGUUAGUGGGAGACAAUGAGACUGUACCUGAUUUGGAUACUCAUUUUUGCUUUAAUUUUAAUAGUAGUUUGGGAUUCUAAGUUGGUGAGUUUUGAGGUUGAUAGUAUUAUCUUUGGUUGUUUUGGAUGGCAUCUAUAAGGAGAACGUUGUCUCCAGUGCCUCGGGCCGGGGCAUUAAUGAAUGGAGAAGUCUGUCAAGUUCCUUCUCCAUUGUCCAAGUCCUCAUCAUCGGCUCAGAACUUCUCAACAUCUAGAGGAUUUCUAUCCUCUCUUCUUGGUUUAACAGAUUCUCAAGCAUUUAUUCUUGGUAUCUUUUCACCAAGAUCUUCGAGACCACCGGAAAGGUCAAAAUUGAAGGGACAAGUUUGGAGGAGGGCUCUUUUUCAUUUCUUACUCUGUUUUGUGGUUGGGAUAUUUGUUGGCCUUACUCCAUUUGUAUCAAUGAAUCUAUCAACGAAUCUUAUGUCAAAGAGCCAAGCCUUCUCAUUUGAGAUGGUAUCAACUGUUAAAAAUUUCGGUACUUUUGAAGGUAUGACCACAAAUGCGACACCGAUAGCUGAGAGUGAAGGUCUCAAGAACAAUGCCACAUUGGAGACAGAAGUUAAGCUGACUGACCAGAUUUCAAUUGAUGCACCCAUUCACCAGUCAAUCCCUGAAGAUCUGGAGCUGGCAUCUCGGAAGCUUUUGAUAGUUGUGACCCCAACUUAUGCUAGACCAUUUCAAGCUUAUUAUCUGAAUCGGUUGGCAUACACAUUAAAAUUGGUCCAACCUCCACUGUUGUGGAUAGUGGUAGAAAUGACUUCCCAAUCUGAGCAGACAGCUGACAUCCUAAGGAGAACUGGGGUUAUGUACAGGCAUCUUAUUUGCAAGAAAAAUGUUACUGACAUAAAAGAUGGAAGCAUUCACCAAAGGAAUGUGGCUUUGUCUCACAUUGAAACUCACCAUCUUGAUGGGAUUGUCUACUUUGCAGAUGAUGAUAACAUUUAUUUAGCGGAUCUUUUUGAAAAAAUGAGGGAAAUGAGGCGUUUUGGGACUUGGACAGUGGCCAAGGUAACGGGGGACAAAAGCAAAGGUUUCCUGGAGGGCCCCAUUUGUAAUGGAUCUAGAGUUAUUGGAUGGCAUGUAAAUGAACCAAGUAGGAGAUUCCGGAGAUUCCAUGCUGACAUGUCAGGUUUUGCCUUCAAUAGUACCAUACUUUGGGAUCAAAAAAGAUGGCGUCGACCCACUCUUGAACCUAUUAGGCUGCUUGACACAUUCAGGGAUGGCUUCCAGGUUAGCACAUUCAUUGAACAAGUUGUGGAAGAUGAAAGCCAAAUGGAAGGCUUACUAGAAGACUGCUCGAGGAUCAUGGUUUGGCGUCUAAAUCUAGAACCACCUAAUUCUUUCUAUCCUCCCAAAUGGUUCACAAUUAGUAAUCUGGAUGUAAUUUCCCAGCUUGCAUGAAAUUCUUGAUUUAGGGGAGCCACUGUGACUACUUAAGGAAGGGAUUCAGCAAGAAUCACAGAUCACUUUCAUGCAAACCUUUUGGACAGACUCCUGCUGUAAUGGUGCCCAUCCAAAAGCUGGCUGAAAUAUAUACAGGCACACUUAAAUAGAGUAUUUGCAGAAUGGCAUGAACAUUUUCAUUGUACAGUAGUAUCAAAUUGUCCAUCUUCUGCAUUGCUGCUUCUUCCCAAAACAAGUGAGAAUUUUUUGACUAGUUAGGAAAAAUGGAUGGUCAAAAUCGUAAAACCAUCCUAUGAAUUCAAACAUGGCUUGACUUUCUUUUUUUUUUUUUUUUUCCUUUUCCAAGUUCAAUUUGAGUUGCCAUUUUUGUCUUUCAUGUAUCAACCCAUUUUGUUUGCAAAACUCCAAAGCAAAUUUGAAUAUCAGUACUGAUUCAGACUC